AUGCGUAUUUCACUUAGUGUAGAGGAAACAAACAAGCUUCGAGCUCAGGUGGGUCUCUGUCCUAUUCCUGUUGAAGGGGAGAAGUUGGAAAUUCAGUAUGAAUCUCAGAAACCAUUGGCUGUUAACAUGAGAAAAGACGAAGAUGGAUGCUAUUCGAUAUCAGUUGAAGAAACCAAUAAAUUGAGGGAGCAGAUUGGUCUUGGGCUUAUUUCUAUUGGAGGAUAUCUGACGGAAAAUGUUGGCGGAAAGGAAUCCGAAUCUGGUAAGAAAGCUGGUAGACUUCGAGCCAAUUUGCUUAAGGCUAAGAAUGAAUUAAAGAAGGAGAAAUAUUUAUCAAGAGGAGGUAUUUUAGAUAGAAUUGGUGAUGACAAAGAUGAGCAUGAUUGGUUAACGAGAUUGGGAGAAAGGGAGAAGGGAAAGGGGAAAAAGAAGUUAAGAUUUAAAGGGAAGAGUAAGAAGGAAGAGACUGCUGACGAACUCAGUUUUGCUCAUAAUGAUGAGAAGGGUGAAGUGAUUCUAACAUUGAAAGAUAAAUUGAUUAAUGGUGAAUCUGCUGAUGAAGAUGAAUUAGAGAACAUUGAAAUGGUUGAGAAGGAAAGGAUUCGAGAAGCGAUGAAAAAUCGGACUCAAGGAAGGAUGAUUGAUCUAGAAGAUGAAGAAGAUGGGUCGUCUAAUAUGGGUGGUAAAAAGGUCAAUCAGGAGUCGAAUUCCAAGAGAAAAUUGAUUGUUUUGAAGGAUGAUAGUGAUGAUAAUGAAGAUAGUAGUGGGAUUAUAAAGAGAUCUGAUUUCAAGAGAAUAAAAAGAGUUAGGGAAGAUGGUAAUAAGUUUAAACGAACUGACAGAUUUACAGUAGAUAAAGAAGCAUUCAAGAAGAUUCGGAUCGUCAAUGAGGAUAUGGAGAAAGAGGAUAACCUAGAGUUGAACAGUUUUAUGUCUGCGACGAGAAAGCGCAGGCUUGAAAAGAGGCUUGAAAGCAGACGUAAGGAGAUUUCAGCCGAAGAAUCGAACGUCGAAUUGAUCAAGAACAGUCUGGUCAUUGAUGAGGAUGCAGAUUUCUUAGACAGGUUGGAUAGCAUUAAUAAGGGAGGAGAAGUUGAACUAAAGGAUCGUACUCAAUCAAGGAACUCUACUUCUGAAGACUCGAAGGGCUUUUCUUCUGCUGUUCUUGAACGAGUCUCUACAAUUCUAGAUGACUCGUCAAGCAAUUCCCAGUCUAUGGGGGUAUCUUCAGUGCUAAAGCUUCUUAAAAACGAAGAGCAGGCUUCUGGAAAGCCUAAGGACCCCUCCAACGGUAUAUCUUUGGUUUACACCGACGACAAAGGUAAGGUGUUAUCCACAAAGGAAGCCUAUAAGUAUCUAUCUCACAAGUUUCAUGGUUAUAGAAAGCAUUAG